GAACAGUAUCUUAUAGAUCAGCUUCCUUCUAUUGGUGCUUAGAGGCCUUUGUAUCCACACGCAAGAAUCCGGCCAUUGUUGGUGUCUUACUGCUUCAGUAGCUUGAUCUUGGUGCUGUACCUGUGGUUCUCGAGUAGAUCAGUGGCGUCUUCCUAGUGGAUUUCUUCCUGCUUUCAGUUGAUCAUUCAUAGUGAUCUAAAAAAUCCCCGGUCAAAAUGCCGCCGAGAAAGAACAAGAAGAACAAGAACAAGCCGACGGUGAACACUGCUGCAGAGAAAGCGUCGUCCACGGCCAGUUCGAAAGAGGCGCCUAAGACUCCGACCACCCCGACGACUCCUGCAACUCCUGCGACUCCGUCCGAUGCCACCUCCAGUAAAGCACCUGCGGCUGCCGCUCCACAAGCCGCAGCAGCUGCGGAUUCCUCGGCAUCGGCAGCUGAUUCGCUGAAGGUAGCUGGGGGGGUCACCGUGGCAGCUGCAGCAGCUGUAGCAGCUGCGGCUGCCGUAUCUGUUGCACCUGAACCAAUACCUGAGCCUGCACCAGCAGCACCUGAACCAGCACCUGAGCCUGCACCAGCAGCACCAGAACCAACACCUGAGCCUGCACCAGCAGCACCUGAACCAGCAUCUGAGCCUGCACCAGCAGCACCUGAACCAGCACCUGAGCCUGCACCAGCAGCACCUGAACCAGCACCUGAGCCUGCACCAGCAGCACCAGAACCAAUACCUGAGCCUGCACCAGCAGCACCUGAACCAGCACCAGAACCUGCACCAGCAGCUCCUGAACCCACGCCUGCAGCGCCAGCAACACCUGAACCCGCACCUGCAGCACUAGCAGCACCUGAACCAGCGCCUGCAGCACCUACAGCAACUCCUGCACUCACUCCUGAACCAGCUGCGGCCAAGCAGGUGACGCCUGCAGCUGAGGAGAAGCAGCCAGAAACAGAAGCCAAGGCUGCGGUGGAGGAGAUACCAGCUGCUGCUGUUGCAAGUGCAGGGCCCUCGUCCGCUGCAGUUCAGGAGGAGACGAAGGUUGUGGUUUCAGAGACAAGGUCGAGCACGGGGAGUGACGCUCAGACGCCAGCAGAGGCGGAGAAGCCAGCUGAGGCAGGGAAGGAGCCCAAGGCUGUGGAGGCAGAGAAAGCAAGCGUCACAGAGCAGGAGCCGAUUGAGAUCAUUGAGCCACAGCCCUUACCGAAUUGCUCUGCUCUCAUCUGCUGGAUCUUUGGAUGGACUGCAUGAGAUGCCGACCGGGUCAGAAGUUUUGACCAUUCAGCAGUUGGAUGACAGAGAGAUAACGGAGGCUUGUCUGGUAGCUGAAGCAUGCAGUGCAGUGCAUGAGUCUUCACCUCAAUGCAGCUGAGUAAGGGUAGGGAAGGGAAGGGCAUUUCCCACUCCCCUUACUGCACUAAAACCCCAUCAGCUAUGAUUUUUCCAUAUGAGACGGGUUUUCUUACCACCACUGACUUUUCACAUAAGCUUUAGCAGUUCUACCAUGAACAUUUUGUUCAUGAUGUGGCGUAUCCACAAUGCUCUUCAA